CGUGCUGCACGUGCGCCGGAAUAUAUUCCGGCGCGCACUUCAUUUUGCCCGGUUGCUUCGGGCGACGGACGUGUCGGCGCCCUCUCCUCCUCCUUCCCUCUCCCCACCAUGAGCUACAAGGGCCGCAAGCGCGCCGGGUCGAUCCAGGUCUUCACCGAAGGCAUAGAAAAUGACCGGCAACACCACCUGACGAGCGCCUUCCAGCCGCAGACGCCCAUGGGCAGCGGUAACAACACUCCGCGCUCCGGCUCGCCCGCGUACUUCAAGAAGAAGCCCGCGUUGCAUGAGCAGGCGUCCUGGUUCAUGAAAUGGGCGGUCGACCCAGUCGCCGCCUUCAAAGUGCUUAUAACUCCCGUCCUGGGCUACGUCGCCUACGAGGCGACCGCCAGCGCCGGCGUCUCCCUCCCCUUCCCCAACCCCUUCGCGCCCUUCCUCUUCGUGCAACAUCGCGUGCCCGGCUCGCCAGACAGUGAUCCGCGCUACCAGAAGGGUGUCCUCGACUUCGUGCUCAUAGCAUACUACAUCGUGUUCUGGUCGCUAUGCCGCAUCCUCAUCGCGGGGCGUCUCUUCACGCGUAUCGGGCGCUUCUACGGCCUCAAGAAGGAGGGCAAGCUCGACCGCGUCGGUGAGCAGGGGUAUGCGAUAGUGUACUACACUGCGUCUGGUCUCUGGGGCUUGAGGAUUAUGUCGCAACUCCCUAUCUGGUGGUACCGCACGGAAGAGUUUUGGCUCGGCUACCCGCACUGGGACAUGAUACCUGAGCUCAAGCAGUUCUACCUCAUGCAGUCUGCGCACUGGCUUCAUGAACUUAUGAUCAUGGUCCUCGGCUUUGAGAAGCCCCGCAAAGACUUUGCCGAGCUCGUUGCGCAUCAUGCGGUCACCCUCUGGCUUGUCGGAUGGAGCUACUUGAUCAACCUUACCCACAUUGGUAUCUCGGUCUUCGUUAGCAUGGAUAUUCCGGAUGUUCUUCUGGCUCUUUCCAAAUUGCUGAACUACCUGCAAUUCCCGCGUGCCAAGGUCGCCGUCUUCGUUGUCUUCUUCGGCGUAUGGAGUUACUUCCGCCACUGGCUGAACCUGGUCAUCCUCCACUCCGUCUGGACCGAGUUUGACCUCAUUCCCGAAAUCCACCGCCGCUGGGCACCCCCGACCGGCGCCUGGCUCACUUGGUGGAUGAAGUACCAGAUCUUCGCGCCCAUCCUCCUCCUCCAGAUCCUCAACCUGUUCUGGUACUACCUGAUGUGGCGCAUCCUGAUUCGCGCCAUCCGUACGGCCGGUGAGGCGAGCGAUGUGCGGUCGGACGAUGAGGAUGAUGGGGAAGAGGAGGAGGAGGGGGCGAAGGAGAAGUAGGAUGUUGGGUUGCAGCGUGGGUAGAGAUGGAUAGGCGGGCAGCGAAUGAGUGGUAGCGAGGGACCGGUAUGGAGUGCAGGAGUGGUCGAGGUGGAGAAGAUAAACAGGCGCGAGCCUACGAAAAGUACAUGCUGAUGAGACAGCGACGAUGGAAAUAUAGUAUAUACCUGCUAGUAGACAGUUGUAGCAUAGCUAGUGCUACAAUGGGUGCAAUACCCUUCUGAUGAC